CUUCCUCCGACUUUUGACCCCUCUUUCUCUCUCUCUCUAACCACCAAAAACCAAAACCCACUUUCUCUGGAAAAACCAGAGCUUUGGAGCUCAACUCCUCUCUCUCCAAUGGCGGACUUCAAACCCUAAACCCAUCUUCCACCUUCUUUUUCCCUUAAUAAGCCAAAAAAAAUGAUACCCUUAUUCCCAUCUUCUUCAAAAUCUUUCCUCUGCUUCUCCCUCUUCUUCCUCUCUCUCACUCUUCUCUCCCCCUCUGCUUCCCCUGCUUCUCCAUCUUCUUCCCACAGAGAUACCCAGCAGCUGAUUUCCUUCAAAUCUUCACUUCCGAACCCGUCCCUCCUCCAAAACUGGCUCCCCAACGCCGACCCGUGUUCAUUUUCCGGCAUUAUCUGUAAGGAAACCAGAGUCUCCGCCAUCAAUUUGAACUCCGUCUCUCUGAGCUCUAAUUUCACCCAUGUCUUCCCUUUGCUCGCGGCUCUUGACCACCUCGAAUCGCUCUCUCUCAAAGCCACUAACCUCACUGGCUCCAUUUCUCUGCCCUCUGGAUUCAAGUGUGGCCCUCUUCUCUCCGACGUAGAUCUGUCCCUCAAUGCCCUCUUUGGCUCUGUUUAUGAUGUUUCUAAUUUGGGGUUUUGCCCCAAUGUCAAGAAACUUAAUAUCUCCUACAACACCUUGGAUUUUCCUCCAAAAGACCCGUCUCCCGGAUUCAAGCUUGAUUUGGAGGUUCUCGAUCUUUCUUCCAACCGGAUGGUUGGGCCCAAGCCGGUUUCCUGGGUUUUCUCCGGCGGGUGUACUAAUUUGCGGCACUUGGCAUUGAAGGGAAACAAAAUUAGCGGCGAGAUUAAUUUUUCGUCGUGUAGUAAACUCGAACAUUUGGAUAUCUCUGGGAACAAUUUCUCGGUGGGUGUUCCGUCGUUCGGUGAUUGCUCUGCUUUGGAAUACCUUGAUAUCUCAGGCAACAAGUUCACCGGCGACGUCGGACGUGCUCUGUCUCCUUGUUUGCAACUCAGCUUCCUCAAUAUCUCCGGUAACCAGUUCACAGGUCCAAUCCCUUCGUUUGCAUCUUCGAAUUUGUGGUUUCUGUCGCUCGCGAACAACGAUUUUCAAGGGGAGAUUCCUGUAAGUAUUGCGGAUUUGUGUUCUAGUUUGGUAAAUCUGGAUCUUUCUUCUAAUAGCUUGAUUGGGGCUGUUCCUGCUGCUUUGGGGUCUUGUGCUUCGUUGGAAUCUUUGGACAUUUCGAAAAAUAACUUGUCCGGUGAGUUCCCCAUUGCCAUUUUUGCUAAAAUGAGCAGCCUCAAGAGACUCUCUGUCUCGGGUAACAAAUUUUUUGGUGUCUUGUCGGAUUCUCUGUCUCAGCUUGCCUUUUUGAACUCCUUGGAUCUGAGUUCCAAUAACUUUACUGGGUCGAUUCCGGCGGGGCUGUGUAAAGACCCUAAUAACAGCUUGAAGGAAUUGUUUCUUCAGAACAAUUGGCUGACUGGUCCAAUCCCUGCUACUCUUAGCAACUGUUCUCAGCUGGUUUCUCUUGAUUUGAGCUUCAACUUUCUGAGCGGGACGAUCCCGUCAAGCUUGGGAUCGCUUUCGAAUCUUAAGAACUUGAUUAUGUGGUUGAAUCAGCUGGAGGGGGAGAUUCCACCGGAUUUUAAGAACUUCCGGGGGCUUGAGAAUCUGAUCCUGGAUUUCAAUGAGCUCACCGGGACGAUUCCUUCUGGGUUGAGCAACUGCACCAACUUGAACUGGAUUUCAUUGUCGAACAACCGGCUGAGUGGAGAGAUUCCGUCCUGGAUUGGGCAGCUGCCUAACCUUGCCAUUCUUAAGCUCAGUAACAACUCGUUCUACGGUACGAUUCCUGUCGAGUUGGGCGAUUGUCGAAGCUUGAUCUGGCUCGACCUCAAUACCAAUUUAUUGAAUGGAACGAUCCCUCCAGAGCUGUUCCGUCAAUCGGGUAACAUUGCCGUUAACUUCAUCACCGGGAAGUCGUAUGCUUACAUUAAGAAUGAUGGAAGCAAGCAGUGUCAUGGAGCUGGAAAUUUGCUCGAGUUUGCUGGGAUCAGACAGGAACAAGUGAACAGGAUUUCAAGCAAGAGUCCCUGCAACUUCACCAGAGUUUACAAAGGCAUGACUCAGCCGACGUUUAAUCAUAACGGGUCGAUGAUCUUUCUUGAUCUUUCGCACAAUAUGUUGUCUGGUAGGAUUCCUAAGGAGAUUGGUUCUACCAACUAUCUCUACAUAUUGAAUUUGGGGCAUAACAGUCUCUCCGGAGCCAUUCCGCAAGAGAUCGGUGACUUGACGAAACUUAACAUUCUUGAUCUCUCAAGCAAUGAGUUUGAAGGAUCAAUUCCAUUGUCUUUGACUCGACUUUCCUCCCUCAUGGAGAUUGAUCUGUCUAACAAUCACCUCAACGGUACAAUACCCGAAUCAGCUCAGUUCGAAACGUUCCCGGCAUCUGGUUUUGCAAAUAAUUCAGGCCUCUGUGGGUAUCCUCUCCCUCCAUGUGGGGUUGAUUCAGGAGCAAAUGCAAAUGCUCAGCACCAAAGAUCUCACAGGAAACAGGCAUCGCUCGCGGGCAGUGUGGCGAUGGGGCUACUCUUCUCCCUCUUCUGUAUAUUCGGUCUAAUUAUAGUAAUUAUUGAGAUGAGGAAGAGAAGGAAAAAGAAGGAUUCUACUCUUGAUGCCUAUGUUGAGAGUCAUUCCCAAUCAGGCACAACGACUGCCGUUAACUGGAAGCUCAGCGCUCGCGAAGCGUUGAGCAUCAAUCUUGCAACAUUUGAGAAGCCACUUCGGAGGCUUACAUUUGCAGACCUUCUAGAGGCGACUAGUGGCUUCCACAACGACAGCCUGAUUGGUUCCGGGGGUUUUGGCGAUGUGUACAAGGCUCAAUUGAAGGAUGGAAGCAUCGUAGCGAUCAAGAAGCUAAUUCAUAUCAGUGGACAGGGCGAUCGGGAGUUCACUGCAGAAAUGGAAACCAUUGGCAAAAUCAAACACCGAAACCUGGUCCCGCUUCUGGGCUACUGCAAAGUUGGAGAAGAGCGGCUUCUGGUGUACGAGUACAUGAAGUACGGAAGCUUGGAAGACGUUUUACACGACCAGAAGAAAUCCGGGAUCAAACUGAAUUGGGCUACAAGAAGGAAGAUUGCCAUUGGAGCUGCAAGGGGACUGGCUUUCCUUCACCACAAUUGCAUCCCUCACAUCAUUCACAGGGACAUGAAAUCAAGCAAUGUGUUGUUGGAUGAGAACUUGGAAGCCAGAGUCUCAGAUUUUGGAAUGGCAAGACUCAUGAGUGCCAUGGACACCCAUUUGAGUGUCAGCACAUUAGCCGGGACGCCCGGUUACGUCCCUCCCGAAUAUUACCAGAGCUUCCGCUGUUCCACAAAAGGCGAUGUUUACAGUUACGGUGUCGUCAUGCUCGAGCUCUUAACAGGAAAGCGACCCACAGACUCCGCUGAUUUCGGGGACAACAAUCUCGUCGGGUGGGUAAAACAGCACGCCAAGUUGAAAAUAACCGACGUUUUCGAUCCCGAGCUCAUGAAAGAGGACCCAAGCCUCGAGAUCGAGCUAUUACAACACUUGAAGGUUGCUUGUGCUUGCUUAGACGAUAGGUCGUGGCGGCGCCCGACAAUGAUCCAGGUGAUGACGAUGUUCAAGGAAAUCCAAGCGGGGUCAGGGAUGGAUUCGCAAUCUACGAUUGGAACGGACGACGGAGGAUUCAGCAUGGACAUGGUAGACAUGAGCUUAAAGGAAGUACCAGAAUGCAAGUAAUAGAGAAAUUGCUUGGGGGGAAGGAAACAAAAGGUUCAAAAAAGAAGAAAUGGAAGGUGGAGACGAGAGAUUUCCAGCUCCAAAUUUUAAAACAAAUUUCUUCUUUUACCACUUUGAGAUGGCAAGCAGCUCUACCAAUUGAAUGUAUGUAAUCUUGUUACUUUAUACAUAAAAGUUGUUUAAAACUUUUUUUUUUCUCAUAAAAAUGUGUAUAUAAACAGUUUCUCUGAGUUGUUGAUGCUUUCUUUUUGGUUGUUUUGCUUUAUA